AUGAAUUUUACAAUAACAUUGACCCAAAUUUCAGACAACGUCAUGGAAGGAUCGACUCUUAAGACGUGGCUACUGGGCAAAAAGGUCGGAUCGGGUGCAUGUAGUGACGUAUAUAUCGUGGAGUCGAUAAUCCCGCUCGGUAGCGACGCUAACCGUCAGUACGUCAUGAAGCUCUCUCCAUUGCCACAAUUACCAGCUGCUAAGCUUAAAAACAAGAAGAGAAAAAAGACUCAAGCAGAGCGCAAUGCUGAUGCUCUGUAUGCUGAGCAUCUGCUGUACAAGAACCAUUUAAGAGACCAGCCUGGCAUUCCAUAUGUACCAUUAGGAGCCUAUGGAGAGGAUCAGGGAUACCGAUUUCUAGUAAUUGAACGGCUUGGACGUACGCUCGAGACAGUUUUGCAAGAACAAGGACCGGUCCCAUCGCAUACGGCGGCUCGACUAGGCCAAGAAAUUUUGAAGACUUUGGAGCAGAUGCACAUAAAGAAUAUCCUCUAUGUGGAUGUCAAGCCAGAAAACUUUAUGCUGGACACGGAGAAAGAGAACAAAGUAUACUGUGUGGACUUUGGUAUUUCGGAUCGCUAUGUGACAGCAACAGGCAAGCACAAAGAAUAUAAAGAGGGGACGGUGGUGGGGACGCCAACGUUUCUCAGCCUGAAUUGCCAUAAUGGUGUCACGUCAAGCCGCCGAGAUGAUAUCGAGUCGCUCUUGUACGUGUUAAUCUACUUAAUGCGAGGCGAUCUUCCUUGGCAGAAAGCAUCAAGUGACGUCGAAGGUGCCAAGAUCAAGAAGACAAUUUCGAUUGACCAGUUGUGUGCUUCAUUGCCUCGAGAAUGGGCUGCGAUGCUGAUGAGUAUCCGUGCGUGUGGUUUUGAGGAUCGGCCAGACUACGACUUCUUUGUGCAGCAGUUCUUAAAUUUAGGAGGAAAGAAGGGCUUGACUACACCGUUCGAGUGGAGCACACGCAAGACGAGCAAACUGGCUGCUAAGCAAGUACAAUCGCAAGAAUACGCUACUGACAGCCCCGUGCGCAAGCGCGUCAAAAAUGUGGACAAAGAAUCCACUGCACCUCAAGCACUUGUCGCCGCCAAGACAAAGAAGGCAGUUCCUUUCGAGAAGAAGAGGUUGAAUACUCGCUACAGCAAAGCGGCCGCAAAGAAAGAUGCGGCUCCAGCUCACGACACUACGUCGAAGACCACUAAAAUACACAAGAAGGAUGAAGAUAUUCACGUCAAAGUCGUUGACGUACUGCCUCAAGAUCGAGAAGUUUUCAAAGCUAUUGCAAGCCACGCUGCUGCUACUGCUGCUGUUAAGCGGUACAACCUACGCUCCGCUCCUCGGAAGUAA